GUACUUCGCCGCUACUUCCUUCGAUGCAAACAAAGCCCUUCCAAACUCUCUGUCUGUCUCUUUCUCUCUCUCUCUGUGGCGCCUCAAAACCUCCGCCAAAAGUAGCGGCGACUUCCACAACCUCCCCCACGUCCUUUUAAAUCCCUCGGCCAGUCACUUCACCCUCACCAUUGUCCUCUCAGAACCUCCGCCAAAAACCCGAAUCUCUCCCUCUCUCUUCUUUCUCUCUCUUGUCUCUCCUAAAUGUCGCAGGUGGUGGCUAUGCGGGCGAUUCAGAGCUCGAUCCUCUCUCCCACCUCUGAAUCCGCACACCGCCGCGCCGCCUUCAAGCUGAAGCCAUCGACGAGCUUUGCAUACAAAGUUAUGGCCUUUGAGGAGAAGCAGAGGGGAUGGAGCUGGAGACUGUUUGGGAACAGGAGGUCUGAGAUCACUGCGAAGCGUCCCCUUCAGACGGAGGUUGCUCCCGUCUCACCCGAAGACUCACCCAAGAUAGAGGAGCAGUGGAAGGCAAUUCAGCAACUUGAUGACCCAGCAGUGGGUAUGUGGUCCAAGCCUGUUGUCAAACGUAAGACAAAGAUUGUUUGCACAAUUGGUCCUUCCACCAACACACGCGAAAUGAUCUGGAAGUUGGCCGAGGCUGGAAUGAAUGUUGCUCGUAUGAAUAUGUCACAUGGAGAUCACGCGUCUCAUCAGAAAGUUAUAGACUUGGUUAAAGAAUAUAAUGAGCAACAUAAAGACAAUGUAAUUGCAAUCAUGCUGGAUACCAAGGGUCCUGAGGUUAGGAGCGGUGACUUGCCGCAGCCAAUCAAUUUGGAAAGUGGGCAGGAAUUUACCUUUACAAUCAAAAGAGGGGUUGGCACAUCAGAUUCUGUUAGCGUGAACUAUGAUGAUUUUGUUAACGAUGUAGCACCGGGAGACAUGCUUUUGGUUGAUGGUGGUAUGAUGUCAUUCCUGGUGAAGUCCAAGACAGAAGAAUCAGUGAAUUGUGAAGUUGUUGAUGGAGGAGAGCUUAAGUCUAGGCGACAUUUGAAUGUGCGAGGGAAAAGUGCAACAUUGCCUUCUAUCACUGAGAAAGAUUGGGAAGAUAUUAAAUUUGGAGUGGACAAUAAAGUUGACUUCUAUGCUGUUUCAUUUGUCAAAGAUGCGCAAGUUGUUCAUGAAUUGAAGAAUUAUCUGCAAAGUAACAAUGCAGAUAUACACGUUAUCGUAAAAAUAGAAAGUGCAGACUCUAUCCCGAAUUUGCAUUCCAUUAUCACAGCAUCCGAUGGGGCAAUGGUUGCAAGGGGAGAUCUUGGUGCGGAGCUCCCUGUUGAAGAAGUUCCACUUUUGCAGGAAGAGAUUAUCCGGAUAUGCCGUAGCAUGGGAAAGGCUGUUAUUGUGGCAACAAAUAUGCUGGAAAGCAUGAUUGUUCACCCAACACCAACCAGAGCCGAGGUAUCCGACAUUGCCAUUGCUGUUAGGGAGGGUUCUGAUGGAAUUAUGCUUUCUGGAGAAACUGCUCAUGGAAAGUUUCCUUUGAAGGCGGUGAAAGUUAUGCACACUGUUGCACUUCGGACUGAGGCGACCAUCUUGGGUAGCGCAGUGCCAGCCAAUCUUGGUAAAGCUUUCAAGAACCACAUGAGUGAGAUGUUUGCUUACCAUGCAACCAUGAUGUCCAAUACUCUUGGUACCUCAAUCGUUGUCUUUACCAGAACUGGUUUCAUGGCUAUUCUAUUGAGCCAUUACCGACCUACUGGGACCAUAUUUGCCUUUACGAAUGAUAAGAGCAUACAACGGAGAUUGGCUUUGUAUCAAGGUGUAUGUCCCAUAUACAUGGAGUUCACAGAAGACUCUGAAACAAGCUUUAGCAAUGCCUUGACUGUGCUGAAGGAGCAAGGACUGGUGAAGGCAGGAGAAGAGGUCGCACUCGUUCAAAGUGGGAGGCAACCUAUUUGGCGGCUUCAGUCCACUCACAACAUUCAAGUGCGCAAAGUUUAGGUGCAACGGAGAUGGAAAGGCCGCCCUCGUAACAUAGACUUCUUCAUCUACAGUACCAUAGUUUCAAAUGAUAGCUUUUGUGUUGUACUUCCAGCAGAAUUGUCGUGAUAGUUUCUUGCAUUGGUUGAUUUUUCUUCUAUUGCAUACUUUUGUGAUCCUAUACGCUUCUUUUUUGUAUUCCGAUUUUCCCCCUUUUAAUUAAUUGUGGUGUAUGUUUUAGAACAGUAAGUUGUUAAAGCAUAAAUGUGGCAGUUGGAAUGAAACGUCUAACUUUUACUCA